ACUGCACUGAGAGUCUCGGGACCCGUUUCCGAGACUAUGGCGCUCAACAAGAAUCACUCGGAGGGUGGCGGAGUGAUCGUCAACAACACCGAGAGGCAUAAGAAACAAAUCAAGAAAUGGAACAGAACACCUAUCACAAAAUAGAAGCAUUAACCCAGAUCAUCCAUCCUGCCUCUGGAGGGGCUUUGGCGUCUCGUGACUGCGCUGGUCACGUGAGGGCUGUCAUCCUGAUGUCCUAUGACCAUGUGGAACUUACAUUCAGCGACAUGAGAAACGUGCCUGAGGCCUUCAGAGGGACCAAGAAAGGCACUGCCUUCCUGACCCCGUACCGGGUCAUUUUUCUGUCAAAGGGGAAGGACGCCAUGCAGUCCUUCAUGAUGCCCUUUUAUCUGAUGAAGGACUGUGAGAUCAAGCAGCCUGUGUUUGGUGCAAACUACAUCAAGGGGACUGUGAAGGCUGAAGCAGGAGGUGGCUGGGAAGGCUCUGCUUCCUACAAGUUGAUCUUUACGGCAGGGGGCGCCAUUGAGUUUGGGCAGCGAAUGCUACAGGUCGCAUCUCAAGCCUCCCGAGGUGAAGCCCCCAGUGGAGCCUAUGGGUACUCUUACAUGCCCAGCGGGGCCUAUGUCUUUGCCCCGCCCGUCGCCAAUGGAGUGUACCCCUGCCCUCCUGGCUACCCCUAUCCACCGCCCCCACCUGAGUUCUAUCCAGGACCUCCCAUGAUGGAUGGGGCCAUGGGGUACAUGCAGCCCCCGCCACCGCCCUAUCCUGGGCCCAUGGAGCCUCCUGUCAGUGGCCCUGACGUCCCCUCCACUCCUGCAGCUGAGGCCAAGGCCGCCGAAGCAGCUGCCAGCGCCUACUACAACCCAGGCAACCCACACAACGUCUACAUGCCCACGAACCAGCCUCCACCACCUCCCUACUACCCCCCGGAAGACAAGAAGACCCAGUAGACCCCUCACGCUGCACUGGCACCCACCACUCAUUGCUCCUUCCUACCCCUCCCCUGGGACCAAGUCUGGGGCUUGGGGAGGCGUAGGGAGGGCCUUGUUUCUUCCAGUUUGGAUGAUAAACAGCAAGCAGGAACUAGUGUUGGGGGAAGUGGGGAACCCUUGUCUGUAGAGAGGUGCCUCCCAGCUUCCCACACUAGCUCAGAGCCCAUGGGCACUGUCAGCCAAGCUUCCCCCUCCAUCUCUGGGGCUCCCUCAGGAGCGUGGGUGCCCCCUUGUUCCUGUUUCCCUCGAGUAGCUUCUCCCCAGGGAGGGACUCUCUGGCCACCUCCUCCACUGCAGUCCAGUCUCUCAUCUUGAUAGCCACUGUGUAUCAGCUGCCUUUAACCCCCUGAGCUCAGCAGACCAGGCCUGGAAGGGAGUCUGGCGCCUUCCACCGAGGGACCCCUGCCAGGUCCACCCACAUUCCCUCCACUGGCCUGGCUCUGGCCGUGGGAGGCUGCAGUCCCGCCUGACUGACUGUCCACAUUCCAUUCCCAGCCCAGGCCCAGCCCUGGCCACACCACCUUCCUUUCCCUUUCCUGUCCUUGGUCAUUCUGUUGCCACCUCUGCGUGACUUUGGAGCUUUAAAGUGAGCUGCCAGGGCUUGGGUGGCAUCAGGCCAAGGCCACAGUAGCUGAGAGGAAGCCCCUCAGCUUCCCUGCUCACGUUUCUGGAAUUUGUUUCCCUUGCCUUUUCUCAUCUCUUUUCCUGUAGAAGGGGUUCUCAGACUGGAACUGGAGAGUGCAUGUCCAUCGCAUCAUGCCCCCAGGGCUGCUGGGGGCCUGUGAGAAAGGCCCCUGACUCCUGGGGCUGGGCCUGGCCCUGUGCCGGCCCUUCCCUUUGUGCUUCCUGCCUGGUUGGUGAUAGGCCUCCAGUGCACUAAAAUUUGCUCUCAUUCGCUCCUGGACUGGCCUUGAAGUGAGAAGAUGGUUAUUUAAAGAGAACUCCCUAUUUAUUUGACAGAAAUCCAGUUAAUAUAUUAAUGUGAAAUAAACCCUGUUUGCACCUUGA